CGAGAGGCCGUGAUGAGGUGCGUCGGGUGCGCAUCGUGAGCAGUGUGCGAACCGGCGGAGUGUAGGCUGUUUGGGCACGGAUUGCUGCUACAGUCCCGGAUUUGCCGAUUGCUAUCUGCGCUGCGAUCACUAUAUUGUCAUGACUCAUGAGACAUUAUGGGCACUUCUCCGGUCUCUGGUCUUCACCAUGGCCGUGCUGCCAUUUUCUCUGGCAGAGGAUGCCCUCGCCGGCUCAGGCCAUGCGCUGAGUGCCGCUUCCUUCCUCCAAGAUAUUCUCCACCGGUACGGUGAAAAUGAGACCCUGUCCCUGCCACAGCUGCAGUCACUGCUGGAGAAACUGGAAGUGGGAAGAGGGGAGAGCGGCUCCACAAACAUGUCCCAGUGUCUAAGCUCCUCGGUCCUUUUCGCUGCUCACAAUUUGACGUCCGAGUCUGUGGUGGACGCAGAGGGUCUCCAGAGCUUCUGCCCCACCAUCCUGCAGCAGCUGGAGACUGGGGCCUGUCAUGGAAGCCCUGUUUCCCAAAACGAGACCGUUGCGGAGGGGCGACCAAGCCCUGCUGAAGUCUGGGGUUUUGGGUUCCUGGCCGUCACCCUGAUCAGCAUGGCCUCUCUCUUGGGCGUCUUUUUUGCCCCCUGCGUAGAGAGGCCCGUCUUCCGCCGGCUACUCACCUUUUUCAUCGCCCUGUCCAUCGGUACCCUGCUGUCUAACGCUCUCCUGCAGUUGAUCCCAGAGGCUUUCGGCUUCAACCCGCUAGAAGACUCCUACGUCUCCACGUCUGCUGUGGUGUUUGGUGGCUUCUACCUCUUCUUCUUUACAGAGAAGGUUCUGAAGAUGAUCCUCAAACAGAAGCAUGAGCAUGGACACAGUCACUACGCUUCGGACACUACGAAACGGGACGCGGAGGAAGGGGUGACGGAGAAGCUACAGAACGGUGACCUAGAUCACAUGAUCCCUCCACCAGGGGGCAGCGAGCCGGACCUGCGCACACACCUCGGGGAUGAGAAAGUUGUAGUUGGAUCACUAGCUGUACAGGAUCUCCCGGGGCAGCAGAGCUCCUGUUACUGGCUCAAAGGGAUCCGCUACUCUGACAUCGGGACGCUAGCGUGGAUGAUCACCCUAAGUGAUGGGCUUCAUAACUUCAUCGAUGGUUUGGCGAUCGGAGCCUCGUUUACAGUAUCUGUCUUUCAAGGGGUUAGCACCUCCAUCGCCAUCCUGUGUGAGGAAUUCCCCCACGAGCUCGGUGACUUUGUCAUCCUGUUGAAUGCAGGGAUGAGUAUCCCCCAGGCUCUGUUUUUUAACUUUCUCUCGGCGUGCUGCUGUUAUCUCGGGCUGGCCUUUGGCAUCCUCGCCGGGAGUCACUUCUCGUCUAGCUGGAUCUUUGGCCUGGCAGGCGGCAUGUUCCUCUACAUAGCACUUGCUGACAUGUUCCCAGAGAUGAAUGAGGUCAGUAAAGAAGAUGAGGAAGGAGGCCGCCCGCUUACCGCUUUCCUGAUUCAGAAUGCCGGCCUGCUCACUGGCUUCUCCAUUAUGCUGCUAUUGACCACCUUCUCUGGCCAGAUACAGCUAGGGUAGCGGGACGUUGACCACCCCGUUAAUAGACUGUGAGGGGAAGAUUGUGCAGUGUUUUUAUUCCUCCCCGCCGACUGAACAUACCAAGGGCCGGAGUUGCUGACUGCUGCUACUUAUCCUAUGAACAAACCACAGCCUCAUCUCCCUGCUACUAGACAAACAGGUGGAAAAGUGCAUCAUACGUAGACUUAACACACACACACUUUCUCCUGGCAUUCAACUGACCUUCUGCCCUCGUCAUGAAGUUCCUUCAGGUUCUUUCAAUGUUUUCUCAGUGUUCCUUGGCACCCUCCCACGUCUAUCGAGCUCUAAGCAGUUUGAUAACGAAGAAAAUCAAAGGACUAAAGCGAAAGGAACCGUCCCUGGAAGGUUUAUCUUAUCAUAUUGAUAAGUGGCUCUGAUUAUAUUCCCUUUACAACGGACUGAAAUCUCUGCCCUACGCGGGCAAAGUUCUAUCCUUACCUGCUACCAGCCCGACGGCAGGAUGCUCUGUCUCCUGCAGCAUGUUACCACGCUGCGAUAUUCCUCAUUAAUAAGCUGAAACGGAGCGGACUGCGCCUCCUGCACUGACCACGCCAUGCAAGCUCAUGAGUUCGGUUGCUGCUUCCUUUAAAACCCAAAAAGUGUUGUUUUUUUUUGUUUUGUUUCAUAGGUUUGUUUUUUCUUUCUGGAAUUAGGAGGAAGAGAACUGAAACAUGCUGUGUGUGUAAGUGUGGUCGAGCGUGUGUAAGUGUGUGCGCGUGGACUGUGAUUUGCAAACGACUAUGUAUUGUGGGGAAAUAUAUGCAAAAAAGAAAA